CUUCCUGCAAAUGAAAAGGUUAGAAAUGGUCACUGGGAAACGCUGGCACCUGUGGGACUCGGAGGAUGUGAAGCAGGCACAACUCCUGUAAAAUGUUAUGUGGGGACAGUUUCAAAAAAGAAGAAGAACAAGAAGCACGCUGGCUGACUGAAAACCCUCUGCUCUACUCAGGAAGCAGCACCACUUACUUUAAAGCACACACAGUACUACUAGAAUCUGGCUUGCAGGGUUGCCUGCAUGUAGUGACUGGAAGCCAUGCUGACUGUUGCACUUGGAAGCACAGGAACUGGUACUAUUUACAAAUGUUCUGCAUGGACAAGAUUGGCUCAGCUGCCAGGCCCUUGCCACGAGUGCUCUGAAGACAAUUUUAGGACACUGAAGAACAGAUCAAAACUGUUACAGGCACAUGACAAGCCUGCUUUUGUGAGCAUAGUCUCAGCCUUCUUUCAGCAGUCAGCGUGCUGUGUGUGGGGGGAAGAGAGAGGCAGACAAAGCACCAAGAGCUUCCUGUGCCGAGAAAGCUGUGAUCCUGAGGUACGGUGCUACUGGGUGCUGAUAAGAACAGUUGUGGAACUACUGUAGCUACUUUAUGCCUUUGAGCGAUAUCUGGCUGAAGACUUCCGUUCAUUCCAACGCGCAAAACCAGAGCUGGUACAUUCCCAUCAAAAAGUUAUCCAGGAACACAUUAGAUGAAGUAAGCACUGGGAAAAUGGAAAGACAACCUGAGGCUACCAGAAUGGAAAACAACACCUCAUCCUGCUUUCUCAUGGAAAGAAAGACUCGUGUCAAGAUUAACAGGAAAGAAGUCAUGGUAGCUAAGCUGAGAAAGAGCUGCUCCUGCACACCACAGAAGCUGAAGAACUUCCUUAUGGACUUCUUUCCUGUUUUGCGAUGGCUUCCCAAGUACCGAUGCAAAGAGUACAUUUGGGGGGAUAUUAUGUCUGGGUUAGUGAUUGGGAUAAUUUUGGUGCCUCAAGCAAUUGCAUACUCACUGCUGGCAGGUCUGAAGCCCAUUUAUAGCCUUUACACAUCUUUCUUUGCCAACAUCAUCUAUUUCUUAAUGGGCACAUCCCGUCACGUCUCAGUUGGCAUUUUCAGCUUGAUAAGCUUAAUGGUGGGACAAGUUGUGGACCGAGAACUUCUCUUGGCUGGGUUUGACUUGAAUGAUGAUGCCCCACCAGCAUCAGGUGACGGCUCUCUGCAGAAUGAUAAUCUGUCCAACACAACUGCCUUCAACCUUACCAUUGCGGGGAUAAAUGCCGAGUGUGGGAAAGAGUGCUACGCUAUUGGCAUUGCUACAGCCUUGACAUUCAUGGCUGGAGUGUAUCAGGUUCUAAUGGGGAUCUUUCGUCUAGGUUUUGUAUCUAUGUACCUAUCUGAAUCCGUACUAGAUGGCUUUGCAACUGGUGCUUCCUUAACCAUUUUAACAGCUCAAGUGAAGUAUCUUAUUGGAAUAAAAAUUCCACGCAGCCAAGGGCACGGGAUGCUGGUUAUUACCUGGAUUAACAUUUUCCGGAACAUUUCUCAGGCCAACAUUUGUGAUGUCAUCACAAGUGCCAUUUGUAUUGUGGUGCUGGUCACUGCUAAGGAACUUGGAGAUCGGUAUAAGCAUAAACUGAAAUUUCCUCUUCCCACAGAGCUGGUAGUUAUUGUUGUGGCAACACUGGUGUCACACUAUGGUAAGUUAAAUGAAGUGUAUGCAUCCAGUGUUUCUGGAGCUAUUCCAACAGGAUUUAUCCCUCCAAAGGUACCAGAGUUCAACUUAAUGCUCAGAGUUGCUCUAGAUGCUUUGCCUCUUGCCAUAGUCAGCUUUGUCUUCACUGUAUCCCUUUCCGAAAUGUUUGCAAAGAAAUAUGCUUACACCAUCCGAGCCAAUCAGGAAAUGUUUGCUGUGGGGUUCUGCAACAUCAUUCCUUCCUUCUUCCACUCUUUUGCAACCAGUGCAGCUUUGGCAAAAACACUCGUCAAAACAUCUACAGGCUGCCAAACUCAAAUCUCUGGAGUAAUUAGUGCAAUGGUGGUUUUGCUGGUGCUGCUCUUCCUGGCACCUCUCUUCUACUCCUUGCAGAAGUGUGUCCUGGCUUGUAUUAUCAUUGUGAGCCUUCGGGGAGCCCUGAGGAAGUUCCGGGAUGUGCCAGCAAGAUACUGUGUGAAUAAGGUGGACACACUUGUUUGGGUAGUUACCAUGUCUGCCUCUGCCUUGAUCAGCACAGAAAUAGGGCUGUUGGUUGGCAUUGUUUUCUCCAUGUUAUGCAUCAUUGUUCGGACCCAGCGGCCACGGACAGCCCUGCUUGGUCAGAUUCAAGACACAAGCUUUUAUGAGGAUGACUUAGAAUAUGAAAAUCUCUGUCCUGUUCCAAAGGUCAAAAUAUUUCGCUUUGAGGCCCCACUUUACUAUGCAAAUAGAAACUACUUCCUAAAGUCUCUGUACAGAUUGACCAAUUUAGAUCCUAACCUAGAAGCUGCUCGAAGGAAGAAAUAUGAGAAGAAGGAAAAGCAGCAUCUGAAAAAGGGAAAUCACAAAACUGCUAAUGGACUGGGCAUUGGAGAAACCACUUUGCAACUAGUUCCUAAGCAAAUUGAUUUCCAAGCCCUCAUUGUUGAUUGCUCCUCCAUCUCAUUUUUGGACACCACUGGAGUUAAUACUUUGAAGGAAAUCCUGAAAGACUACAAGAAUUUAAACAUUUCUGUUCUUCUGGCUUGCUGCAAUCCCUCAGUGAUAGACUCUCUGAAAAGAGGGGGUUACUUCGGAAAGGAUUUUGGAUGCAUGCAGGAAAUGCUGUUCUACAGUAUACAUAAUGCUGUGCUGUUUGCAAAAGACCAAAAGCUUCCAGCAGACUGCCCAGUUUAACCCUGAGUCCUCCUUGAUGAUUCGCCACAAAGUGACAGACAGAGAGGGGUAGUUUGCAACUAUCAGACACAUAGUUGGCUGCGUAAAGCCAUUCCCCCCAAAGAGUUCCACUUUAUGUCAUAUGCUACAAAGGGCAGCCACUGGGGACGCAGUCCAGGACAAGCAUGGAAAGGUUAGACCACCACCUUCACUUUAAAAUCCAGUCAAUGGCUGUUUGAGAUGGACUUGCAUCUUACCAUGAUCCUUUGUGACCCAAGAUGGAUGUCAGGGGACUAUUGUGGUGGAAGGCCUACCCAGUGCUGUUCUUCAAGUGAUUAAAUGGCCGGUUUGUGUUAAGAAGGCAAAGCCACUUUCAUCAAAAAGCGAUCAAUACAGCAUUCUGGAUAUAUCAUUGUUUAAACGGUGACUUGCAAGGCCCUACUCCUUCCAGUCACUCCAGGUGUACUCCUAGACAAGUCCCCACUGUUUGCAUAAAAAUAAAAUGCAUAAAAUAUUGUGGAAUGUAGAAUAUCUCUCCUCCUUGAUCACACACACUUAACAGCAUAAUCUGCCACAGGAGAAGAAACUAUGAUCCAUCACAGGUUCCUUUCAAAAUGACCAUUUUCGAAAACUGCUGGCUUUGGAGUUACAGAAGUCAUCUGUUCUAUUGGAUUAAAUCUGUCAUAAUUAGUUACUGAAGGCUGUGAUACCCCUAAUCAUGCUGGAAGAAAUAUGACUCCGAUGUGCAAAUUUCUAACUAGUAAAAGGAUAGAGUUAAGAAAAAUGAAUGGCUUUAACUGGCAGCUACCCAGCUAGUUGUACCAUCCUGUAAAAUAAGUUGCCUCUGGUGGGCAGACGCAACUAUAAUUCAGGGACACAAAAGGACCAUCAAACAUAAAACCUCAGAGCUGUGAUGCAACACAUCCCUAUCUUCCUACAAAUGCCUGCCUGGGUUCAAAGAAAAAGAGGAGACAAUAAGGGUAGGGUGGGAAGGUAAAUCUGUGAGUUUUCUUAAAGGGGAUUGAUGGAUCAGUCAGAACUGCCUGGCUGGUCUUCUCUGAAGCAAUGCUAAUGAAGUAUUACAAGUAACAUACAUGGGUCAAGUAAACGGAGCAAUGCUUUGUAACUUGUGUAUCCCUCUAUGUUGAAAAACUUUCACCAUUGUUUGUACAUACUACAGAUAUUGUGGGGGUUUUGUUUGCUUGGUGUUUUUUUCCUAUAUUAUUAAUCUUUGAUUUGAGGUCUACCAGAUCAUGUUUUCUGAGGCUGGUUACUUUCUAUAAUAAUUUGCAUUAACUGUUGUUCGUUAUACUUUAGUCAUCAGUUGUAUUGUUGUAUAUGUAUGCUCUCUCUUCAAAAAUAAGAAUAGUUUUGGAUUUUGAUUGUAAGACAGUAUGCAGUGUUCUGGCUCAUGGCACGGGCAGAAUAUUCUGUUUCAUACUCAAGUUUAUAAUUACCUGCACAAGAGGUAAGACAGCUGGGCUCACUCUCUCUCCUUUUUCAUGUCAGGUUCACACACCACCAAGCAUGGAAGGAAAUUCUAUCACAGCUGUGCCUCUCAAAACUAACAGACUCUAGAAAUAGGUUCCAUAUAUAGAGAAGCCAUUUGUUUAGGUCACUGAAUGAAAGAACAGUCAAACUGAGGUUCUCUAGGUGCUCCAGAGCCUGGCUCUCAGAAACAAGUAUUUUCUUAGAGGAAAAGCAGUGCACUUCCAAAAGACCAAAAAUAUCUUCACAGGGACUAUGACUAGCACAGAAUCAAGUUAUUCAAUGCUGGCUUUUUCACACACUCAUUGUGUAGCAAGCCUAUCAGCUGCACACUGUUAGUACUGCUAAAGCUGCAAAACCUGACAGAAACAUCUGACGUGAGAUUAAAGACUGAUCAUUAGCAAUAUCUUCCUGUCACAAAACAAUCCACAUUAUUAUUUAAAUAGCUGACUUGGUAUGAUUAGCUUCUUUCUGUUCUAAAAGGAAGUGAGCAGGGCUCAAGGACAAAAAACUGCUUAGUACCUGCUCUUGUUUGUAACCAUUCUUUGAUCGGGGAAUACCUCUUUUAACGUCCUGUUUGGACCUUAAAGGGCAAAUGGGUUGAUAAGAAUUACUACCAGACAGUAUCAAUAUAGACACUCAUAGGACACUGUGCUAAAACAAGCUGUCAUUGGAAUUCAAAUAAAACAUCCUACCAACCUACACUUUUUCUAGCUCUCUGGAUCCAGCUACCAACAUAGAACACAAAAAAAAUUGCAAAUAUACCCUUAACUCUAGAUUAACCUCAUUUUAAAAGAUGAAAAAAAAAAAAGAAAAAGAAAUUCCAGUGGAAGGCGUAACCUUGCAAGAGUCUCUGGAGAAUAAUGAAGAGGAUAAGAAAGUAAGAGUGGGAAGUCUCUUUUCACAUUUAAGUUGGUACCAAAGGAUACAUAAGUAAAGAAACUUCACUACACAUAAGAGGAAAGGUAAACUUUAGAAUUUAUAUAUGAAGAAAGAAACUAUUGGUCAGAAGAAACUGUAAGAACAAUUUCCUGUUUUGGUUUUACUGGCAGAGCUGGCUCACAAUCAACUGUGGACAAAAAAAACAUGGAAACAGCUUCAGUGCUAUGUUGUAGGGAUUCUGGCAGACUGUGAAUUAUUUCUAAGGAGUAUGUAAAAGGUAACUAAAAAAAGCAAGCCUUUUUCUGGUACAUUUAUGUUUGCUAUACUGAGUUAUGCUAAGAUUAAAGAUAUGAAGAUUGAAAAUUAACAAAAACUACUGAUUCUCUUCUCUCCUAAUUUACCAGAAAUUAGCUAUCAUGUCUUGGAGAGGAGCUGGGGAUAGGCUGGUAAUUCCAAGUAGAUUAAUACUAAUAUUGAAAUAAAAACCGUUAUAUGCCUUUUAAGAAAUGUUAUAUGCUUCAUGUAGGUUGACUGUAUUUUUGUUCACUGUGAUGCCUUGUGAUUUACUACAUAUCAUGUAGCCAACAGACUGUAGUACUGCUACAUAAAAAUGGGAAAGGAUUCUUAUUGUGGACUCUGUGUGUGUCCCUUGGAACUGGGCAAAGAGACGGAGUCUUCAGCUCGAAGUGUCCUGUCUUGUUGACUAGUGAAGCAUGGUCAGAAUGUGUCAAAAUAGCUCUAUUUACUGGCACUGGUAACCAACAACCUGGGAACUGUCCAGUCCAUCAAAGACAUCCUGAAUUUCCCCACAAUCAUGAAUAUUCCUGUGUCACAAGACCAAGACCAAGAGACAAAUGUGUGCUACUGGCUGGAAAAUAAAACUAGGAGUUAUUUGAAAACA